UACGGAAUCAAUUUGCGCAAAGAUUCGAAUGUUAUAGGUAACAGCCAUUUGCAGUGGAUUCCUAGCUGAGAAGCUAAUUAAUCGGGUGGCGAGCAUCGAUACCCUUUAUAUUAAGAAUGCCAUCGACGCUCUGACAGCCCUGACCAAGCUAAAGAUGCCAAGAGCUUUUCUUAUCAAGAAGAAAUGGAAGAGCGCCACCGAGGAUCAUCUAGAGAGAAGCUCCAUCAAUAUUCACGAUGAGAAAGCUCCGGUCUUUCAAGAUGGCAAGAAAGUCUCCGAAGAAAAGACGACCGUUGUUAAUAGAACAAAAUGUGAUUUGAAAUGCAUCAGUUUAGCACCGUUCUCGUCGCCCAAAAGAGGACUGGAAAUAUCACGCCAGUGUUAUCAAUCACCAAGCCCGUGGGAUGCAGCACUCUUCAAUUGGCAAAUGCAAUACAUGCCCUUCAACAACAACCAGCGAUAUAUUUUCCACAGAGCGCCUGUUGAUGGACUCAUGAUUCCAGAUCGAUAUAUGAGACACCUUGAAGAGAGACAGAUUGGUAACGGAGUUGAGUCUAUUGUGGCGGCGAAACAGCAGUUUGUAGCCAGAUUUGUUGAAAAGCAAGGGGCAACCGCGUGCAAUGGGGACAGGGAUGAGAUCCCCCAACAGGAAAAUCAGUUGACAAAACAUCAAAGCAACGAAAAGAAGUUUACAUGCACACAAUGCAAAAAGAUGUUUAGCACGGUUCACGGGCUGGAGGUUCACGUGCGCAGAUCACACGCGGGAAAACUUCGCCCGCAUGAGUGUAAGGAGUGCGGGAAAACCUUCGGGCACAUCAUGAGUUUGGAACAGCACAAUCAAAUGAUUCACUCGUCGCUGCGAAGCUUUGACUGUCCCGAAUGUGGAAAAAGUUUUAAGAGAUCUUCCACUUUAUCAACUCACAUGCUUAUUCAUUCCAAUACCAGACCUUUUCCAUGCCAAUAUUGUGGAAAACGAUUUCAUCAGAAAUCUGACAUGAAAAAGCAUACCUACGUACACACAGGCGAGAAGCCCUAUAGAUGCAGUGCUUGUGCCAAAUCCUUCAGCCAGUCAUCAAACCUUAUUACCCAUAUGCGCAAGCACUCCGGUUUCAAACCGUUUCAAUGUCAUUUGUGUGAAAGAGCUUUUUAUCGCAAAGUUGAUUUGAGAAGGCACAACGUAUCGCAUCACCAGCGCGAUAGCAUGCAGUGAACGAUUGGGAAUGAGACUGUUACUGGCUGCGUCAAGAAGACAGAAUAACAUGACGCAGUCAAAAAGGCGUCGGCUUAAAUAGGCGAUUCAAAGAUAUUCAAUAUAUCUUAACUUUAUCAGUUAUGGAUAGAAUAUUUAGAGCUUGUUGAAGAGAUUCAAAAACGUUCUAUUAACUGUACAUUGCAAUAACCUGCCCAAAAACAGGCUCCAAUGAAAGACAUGAUACAGCUUUGAGGAUUUUCUUAAAUUGCAAAGCAAUUCGUUAUGACGUAAAAGGUAUAUUGCAAAGUAUGAAGUAUGUUGAUUUAGAGUGAAUUUUUAGAGAGUACCUGGUACAAACAGUAGAAGAAAUUUUCUUGCUUUGCUUUUGUAUUUGCUGUAGUGUGUAUACGUGUGUUUAUGAGUAUAGGACUGGUAUAAUAAAAGGUAGGCCUUGUCGCUCAAAGCGUCAUUUUGUAGAUUGCUAGGUAAUAUGGUUUUCGUUGAAUAUACUGUUUAACAGUUGAAUACGUGUAAAUUAUGAUUAAAACAACUUGUUUUUCGAUUC